AUGACCGAAAAACCGGCGUCGCUGUCUACGCAGUUCGCGGCUCCUAGUCAGAUCGCUCCUGUUCCGCUGGGCGCAACACCCAGAAACGACGCUGCUCGACCAGCAGACGGAGCGGAAGAGGAACCAUAUACAAUAAAGUGUAUAUGUAACUUUUCUGACGAUGAUGGAAACACCAUUUAUUGCGAAACUUGUGACACCUGGCAGCAUAUCGAUUGUUUUUACCCUGACAAUCGAGAAGAGGCCAUUCGUGAGGACUUUGCUCAUUCUUGUGCAGAAUGCAAACCCCGACCUCUCGAUCGUCAGAAGGCUAUCGAGCGUACUCUUCGCCUCAAAAACGGAGCGGUAGGAGACGAGCGUAUUGACAAAAGAACGAAGCGACCCCCCUCCAAAAACCACAAGAAGAGAUCAAAGCCGGCCGAUCUACCAACAAAUGGCCACCUUAGCCCCCAAGAGAAUGGGAAACAUAACCAUCCCGCCGACCAACAUCCUCCGCCUAAAAGGGCGAAACACCGUUCUUCACAAUCCGUCAGCUCCCAAGCCCCCAAACGGAGCCCUUCUUACGGAAGUGGCCGACCAAAUACUGUCCAUCCUCCAAGCCCUGCUACCACCCCACCAGACCUCCCCGAAGAUUUUCAAAUUCACCAGUACUCCCAAGGGUUUUACAACUUGUACAAUGCAAGAGAUGUCCCCGACUCGCACAGCAAUGCCUUCGCUAGCCUCGCUAUUCCCACAGCGUUAUCUCGCUGGCUUCGCGACCCCAAUACGAUGAGGAGUGAAGUUGGCAGACGCCAUUCGGAUGUUUUUCAAAAAUCAUCCACCAAUCUGGAAGCUAAUAAACCCAACCUUGAAGUCGGUGAUACCACGAGAACACUGGAUGACGGCAAGGCUCUCAGAUGGAGGUUUCUGAAAUCCAGCACACCAAUUGAAAAGGACGUGCCUCUAGUGGAACUGAAUGGUGCAAUCGGUUUCCAAAAAGACUAUUGCGCUGACCCAGCAAAUCUCUGGGCUGACCUCUCUUCUCCUCUCCCUUUUGUUUUCUUUCACCCUGUCCUUCCGUUGUAUAUCGACACACGACAAGAAGGUUCUUUAGCUCGUUACGUACGCAGGAGUUGCAAACCCAAUGCCCAACUAGACACAUAUCUUUCCGACGAGAGCGAAUACCACUUCUGGAUCGUCAGUGAUAGGCACAUAUCCGCCAACGAGCAAAUUACCCUACCCUGGGACUUUCGCUUAGAGAAGAGUGUGGAUGCUCGCUGGCUUCAUCUUCUUGGUUUGAGCGACGACGAUUCCUCUAGCAACACAGAAAUGCCCGUGGAUGACACAGAGUAUAUGGCGAUAUCGAAUUGGAUGAGCCGGAUCCUCUCAGAAUAUGGCGGCUGUGCGUGCGACCUGGAUAACAACUGUGCGUUCGCACGCUUCCAUCGCCAGUAUCUCUAUUUGAAGCAGCAAGUGCGUGGCCCGACGAAGAAGAAACAAAGAAAGUCCAAAACACAGGCUAUCUCGCCCACGAGUACAGGACAGACUGUUACUAGCCGAGCCACGAGUGAAGGCCAUAUCGACGAAGGUGCAGAUCACGACAACAGAUCACAGUCCGGCUCUCUUCGAAGCAAACCCCCGAGCCGUGAUCUAACUCCUCUAAGACAAGGCUCUUUCGAUCAGCUUGGCAUCUUGACUGAGCCAACAGACCGGGACAAGCGGAAAGUUGCCAUGGUAGAGGACACAUUUCGUCGUAUGGAGCAGCAACAGCCACCGAGAAAGAAGAAGCGUGUAUCUGAUGGUACAUGUUCCACUUCCUCCAAGCCGAAGCAUCGCAAUGGCUCAGUGGCAUCCCACGGUAAUUACGUUGAUGCCGGGACAUGUAGAAGCCAUUCUGGAUCACCGACCAGCACUUCCCCGCACAUUCCUCAGAGGCCGUCGAUGCUCACUCAGGCCCUUGCCGCCCCUUAUCGCGAAUCAUCAGCGACACCCAGAGGAGUGUACUGCGAUGCCGCAACACAAACCGACCCCGUCGAAGGUGCCUGGUUCAGCGAGCCCAGUCGAUCUCCACGACCGAAGAAACGCAUUAUUCCGCUUUCGAAGCGUUUGCUUAACAGCCGCCAUAAAGUCAAAACUGACGAAGAGGAUCAACGAAGACGAUCCUCGGUUAGCCAAGCGUCCAAUGAUAUUGCGAUGGAAGUUGACUCGCUUGUGGACCAUGUUCCGGCGAUCAAGCGAUCAGAUUCCGAGUUACCACCUUUGUUUCCUGCGUCUGGUGAUGUCCCCAUGACAGAUGCCUCGUCGCCAGCUGCGACCCCUGUUCUAGGUUCAGCAGUGGGCGACACGUUUGCAAAAACCAAAACUCCGGACUUGAGGGUGCAAUUGCCUCCUGUACCGUCGUUCGAUAGUACUGGACUGGGAAUUCACAGUGCGACAACUCCCCAGCCUGGGGCUGUCGCACAUUCGCCUCUUUCAAAUCCGUUACCGAGUCCUUUUGCACCGCCAGCCGUCAAUGGCAUAGCUGCUCAUCCCAGUCAAGUAAAGAAGAAACUCAGCCUCAGCGACUACACGAAAAGUCGGAUGAACAAGGCUGGUGGCAAGACUGCUGGCGGCCACGCUGUUCUUAAACCCUCCAUCUCAAGCCCUGAGGACACAAAGGUCGACAUAGUAAUCGACUCACCCUCGAUCGAGAACCCUACGGAGAGCAUGAUUAUGGCUCCUGUUGCCGCAACAAAUGGCUCCUUAUAA